AUGAAGAAGACGUGUAUACGCUUCGUCUCUCGGGCCGACCAGACCGACUAUGUCCACCUUAUAGACGGUGGAGGAUGUUACUCGCACCUCGGCCGCAUUGGCGGUCUACAGCCGUUGUCCUUGGGCUACGGCUGCCUCUACAAUGGCACAGUGGCCCACGAGUUGCUGCACGCGGCUGGCUUCUACCACGAGCAUUCACGCCCCGACCGCGACGACUACAUCGAUGUCUUCCCAGAGAACGUGAUACGGGAGUUUGAGUUCGAGUUCAGGACGAUACAGCCCAGAAGAAUUCUCUUGAUGACGGCAUUCGACUACAACUCGGUCAUGCUGUAUGGCUCGGAUUCAUUUUCCCGCCGUCCUGGCCUCCCCACCAUACUAAAAAAGGACGGUAGCAGGCUCCCGGAUGUCUACGCUAAGCCCGGGCUAAGCGAAAUUGAUAUCACUCGCAUUAACAUCCUCUACAACUGCACAGCACCACGAAGUCAUAUGCGACUCGUUUUGUUCAACGAGAAGUAUAUUUCAUUAAAUUAG